UACUUUUCCCCUUUUCAUUUCAGUUCCAUUUGGAGCCAUCGUUCUCCAAUACUUCUUUCUUAAGAAACUUAUUCAAAUCCCUUCUUUUUAAGCUUCAUACUUGGAUUCCAACAAUCAUUAUCAUCAUGUUCCUAUCAAGAUCUGUUUUGGGUGUUAUUUUAUUUGCUUCAUUGCUGCUUUUCCCUGCAAAUUCAAUCAGGUUGUUCAAAGCUGGGGAUGUAUCAGGUUUGUUCAUGGAGGCCCCUGUGUAUCAAAAUGGACCUCAAUGUCCUGUUUUGUCUAAACAAACUUUGAUAUGCGACCCUUCCACUGUUCAUAUUGCAAUGACAAUUGAUCCUGAAUACCUCAGAGGCACUAUUGCAUCAAUCCAUUCAAUUCUCAAACAUGGUUCCUGUCCGCAAAAUGUGUUGUUCCAUUUCAUUGCCUCAGAUUCGAGCUCGGUUGAUGCAAACCUCUACGACUGGGUUCUGAAGUCUUCCUUUCCAUCAUUGAGUUUCAAGGUCUAUGUUUUCCAGGAAAAACUUGUCAAGAAUCUCAUAUCAUCUUCUAUCCGCCAAGCGCUCGAGAGCCCUUUGAAUUACGCGAGAAACUACUUGGCUGACAUACUCGAAACCUGCAUCGAAAGAGUGAUCUAUUUAGAUUCAGACACCAUUGUUGUAGACGACAUACAAAAGCUGUGGAGCAUAAAUUUGACAGGUUCAAGGGUAAUCGGAGCACCCGAGUACUGUAAUGCGAACUUGGGCAAGUAUUUCACAGAUGAUUUCUGGUCAAACCCGGAAUUUGCCAAGCAUUUUCAAGGCAUGAAAGCUUGUUAUUUCAAUACAGGGGUGAUGGUUAUGGACUUGGGAAGAUGGAGACAAGGUGAUUACACAAGGGAGAUUGAGAGAUGGAUGAGGAUUCAGAAAGAUAAAAGGAUCUAUGAACUGGGCUCUCUUCCACCAUUUUUGUUGGCUUUUGGUGGGGAUGUUGAAGCCAUUGAUCAUAGGUGGAACCAACAUGGACUAGGUGGGGAUAAUUUGGUGAACAGUUGCAGGCCAUUGCACCCGGGUCCUGUAAGUUUGCUUCAUUGGAGUGGGAAAGGGAAGCCAUGGGUGAGACUAGAUGCAAACAGACCUUGCUCAGUUGAUUUCUUGUGGGCACCUUAUGAUUUGUACAAAUUCAAGCAAAAGCAGCCAUUGGACGGACUUGGAUUGGAUUCUUUGUGAUUUGUUUCGUUUGCUCAUCUCUCACAUCUUUCGACUCACUUUUGUAUUCUUUAGUUUCUUCGAUUAUUUUUGUGUAAAUA